AAAUCCACUUAUCUUUUUCAAUACAAGCGCCUUCUUCAGCAGCUACCGAUAACUAAACCACCAGAGCAGGCUUCGCCAUACCGAAUAAACCAUUUUUGUGCGUGCUUCGAUAUCCAUCAAUGACGACCUAUCCCGUCUUUUCAAAAAUUGUUACGCAUGAUGACUGAUAUUUCGACUUGGGGGUGUCAGAAGUAAUGUGAACCACACAAGAUGAUAUUUUAUAAAAUAAUAGUUUGACGUAGCUGGACGUACUGUUUCUACAUAGACUGCCUUUUUAUCUCAUGGCCUCUUUUCUCUGGAUCUCCAAACCAAAACCCAGCGAAAUUCAGAGAAAAAAGCAUGCAAGCAGGGUAUAAAAAGCAUUUAAUUAAACAUUUUACCCAACAAGAAAUGUUAAGCUUUGAGCAUUGUUGCUCCAAGUGAGUUAUUUUCUCGCUCUGUGCAGAGUUUUGACUUUAGGUUAAUCACUAAGAUUUGUAUCAGGAGGUUGUAGUCAGGACAAAGAUCUCAUCUUUAGAGUUCUAAGUACAGGAUACCACCACUCUAGUGUGCCCUUAUCAGUCUAAGACGUUCUUGAAAUGUUCAAGACAUUGUAGAAGUUUGCCUUUAAAGCAAUUCAAAACAACCCAGGUUCAGCUCUAUUGAAAUGUCUAUUCAGAGUAUGUAUGUCGAUAUCUUUGCGGUUAAGAGUCUAAGUAGAUUUGCGGGCGUGCCUAAACCAGGUCCCUCAUCGCUAGACUAGCCAGUUCUUUGCAUUUGUAACGUUUAAUGACACAAAUCCGCUCCAGAGAAAUCGGCUUUUGCGUGACUGCCCUAUCCUGAUAACGUCCUUACGCGCGCAAAUCACGCAAUGAGUUCCAUUUUGUUCUUCCAUGUGGGACAAAUAGGGCUUCUUGGGCUACAAAAAAGGACUUAAUUUAACUAUGUGACUCGUUGUUGGAUUUCUUGCGCAUUUCCUUAUCUUGGAAUCAAAUUUUGUAGUAGUUCGAAAUUAAGAAAAGGCGUCCCAUUCAUCAUCUUGUCUAUAAGAAUUAGAGCAACACACACACUGUCACUGCAGCAUUGCUGUUUUUUAAAUAUAUUUUUUAAUUAAGAUCAACGUUCAAAUAGCACGGUUAUCCAAAGGUUAAGUUGUCGAUAACGAUGUACUAGUUAGUCAGAAAUGAAUUAGAAAAGUGAGAAAUACAUUAUGACGCAAGAGAUGACGUCUAGACAGAGUGCCGACUUUUUUAUCGUUCAAUAAUUUGUGUUUCCCGACUGUUGGCGUAUGAUUUAAUCCAGUAUCAUCAAAGAGAUCCCAGCACACCAUCUAACGUGAUAGCAGCCAAAUUAAAAUUCUAAACACAUAUAACAUUUCGUGACUUUUAUUAAGGAAAAGCUCAUCUGUAGAUUGGGAAAUUUUCGUAAUACUCAGCAAGUUUGAUGUUCAAUGCUCUUCUUUAUUUUAGAGGAACAAUGUCGACAUUUUGAUGACGGUCUUUUCUUCUCUAUUCGUCUAGAGAUCACUCAAUGUUACUUGUAUUACCAGGUCAUCACACCGUCAGAUCUGUCGCAGCAUUCUUUUUUUUGUCAGUCAAUGCUGUUUAUCUCCAAAACAAAAAAAUGUUUAAUUUAAUUUAAGCGACUUUUAGACUUAAACAAUUCGCGCUUAAGAUUCCUCCGCUUCGAAGCAGGCUAUCUGUUUAAACAACAACUAAAACAUGACUUUUUAAAAAUAAUAAUUUCUACUUUGGUGUAAGAUCAAUCGGGAUGAAGUACCCAAACGUUAGGAAGAAAAUUAUUUCCGGUUUAUCUUGCUUAGAUUCUGAGUCUCGUGUUCCCUAGCUCUGUUUGACUUAUUUGCUUAGACACGUCAUAAGUGAUGAUUGCGUCUGUGAGAGGGGGCAUGAUUCUACGCAUGCUUCGCCAUGUGUCGCCGGGUAAAACUAUAAAUUCGGCAACGCCGUAAAGCGAACCGCAGUACAGUCGACUCGAGUGAGAAAUCACAACUCAAGCAAACAAGCCUUAACAAAAGUUAUCUUGAUGAAUAUGACGACGCGCCUUUGCCCCUACCUCACGUCUUUUGUCGUCCUCAUUCUCGCUGUGAGCUUCUCUUCAAGAAUUUCAGAAGAAAUACGUACAGGGGCGCUUUUAUCCAUCCUCACAAAAUUUGCGCAUGUGUUUUCCUUUGGUACUUGGAUUGGAAUACAGUUCUGGGCAACGUUUAUUGCUGGCGCCACGAUGUAUUUCAACAUGCCCAGACACGCCUUCGGCGAACUCCAAAGUAUACUCUUCCCUAAGUACUUCAUGUCUGGUGUCUGCUGCUCUGCCGUUGCCUUGGCAACCUUCUGUGUUAUGCAUCCUGCCCAACAAUGGGUCACCAACGAAAAAUUACAGGUUGCUGGUUUAUCUGUCUCGUUGCUCUCAUGUAUGCUGAACUACAUGUACCUGGAACCAAAUACCACGGUGCUUAUGCAUCUUAGGUACGCAUUCGAGAGGGAGCGCGGAUACGGCAAUGAAAUUGGUCCCAUCCCGGACGAGAAAUUGAAGCACGAUGAGCAAUACCUGAAGAUCACCCACAAGUUCGCGUGUAUACAUGGUUUCUCGUCCAUGAUGAAUAUAUUAUCUUACGCAGGCUGUCUUGUCCACUUAUGGUGCCUUUCACACAACGUUACUCUCUGAAUCUUCGCAAUUAUAAGGACAUACGUUUGAACAAAUUAAAUAGUGGUCUUUGUGAAAGCUAGGUGAUGAUCGUGGCGAUCGCUCAUGGCAUAGUGGUCCUUGUGGGCGCAAAGUGAUGGUCGUAGCGAUCGCUCAUGGUAUAGUGGUCCUUUUGAACGUAAAGUGAUGGACGAAGCGAUCGCUUAAGGUAUAGUGGUCUCUGUGAGCGCAAAGUGAUAUGGUCAUAACGAUCGCUUAUGGAUAGUGGUCUUUGUAAGCGCAAAGUAUUGGUCGUAGCGAUCGCUAAUUGCAUAGUGGUCUUUGUUAGAACCUUUUGAUGGCUUUAUUUAUGCUUGGAGAGGCAGUACGAAGAUUCAGAAAAAAGAACAAUUUUGGGCUUCCUGUGGUAGACUUAGUUUUGACUGUUAUAGCUAAAUGAUAAAAAGAAAUGAUUGAAAGAGACAAUGAGAGAGAUAGAGGCAUGCACAGGAAGUUUGCGAAAAACUUUAUUUCCUAUGGAAUAUGGAUUCUAUUUUGCCAUGCUGUCAAAUUGUCGAGUACAAGCAUAUGGAUUGAUUCAGAAUUCGAAAUACAUAAUAUACCCAGUUUAGGAUUUAUUGCCCUAAUUUUUAUUGCUUUCAUGCAAAGCGUUUUUCAUCCUAUAGAUAUAUGUUAUUUAUCAGUAUAAUAAUCGGAGUUUAUUUUGCUAUAAGUCAGCUAAAAGGUAAAAAACACGAAAAAACGCUUGUUAGUUUUAUAGGUCACAAGUUAAAUACUUCCAUUUUCAUUUAAUUAGUAUAUAACAUAAAUUCGAACCUCGUUUUUAAGGACAUCGUUGUUCCAUGUAUUUCUUAAUUAGGUAGUAAAUUGGUACAGCGGAACCUUGUUAUUAGGGACAACGUUUUAACCUAGGCGAGUCCUUUUCGCGCUGUUCUUUAAGCCGUUUUCAACAUUAUGCGAGCUCUCAUCAAUAAUUUAAGUUUCGCUAUUGGACAUCGUCGGUGAGAGUUCGCAGAACACGAAAGCCGCUGUAAUACGAAAUAAGGUGUCUUACAGCAUGGUUCUACUUUAUUUCUAUUCGAAGUUUGACAUUUGCACUAUAGGGAGCAGGGUAUUUAAGUGUUAUAUUUAUAUCAUGUACUAUACAUAUCUGCUUCUUGGCCCUGUCAUCCCUGUGUGCGAGCACCAGCUACUUUGUUAAUGUGCCGAAGAUUGGGGAAUAAAUCACUUUUGCUAA